AUGGGCCCUGGCGGACGGCCCUCUCCCGCGAGCGCCAUUGCUGCUGCUGCUGCGGCGGCAGGGCUUAGGCUGGGUCCGGCCUUCCGUUCGCCCUCGCCGCAGCGCGGCGAACAGCCUCAGCAGCAGCAGCAGCCGCUGGGCGUUCCGGACGGCGCGCCCACGCCCCUAUCAGCAGCCGCCGCCAACCCCGGUGCCGCAGGCAGCCCGGCCGGCGGCGCAGGCAAGGAGCCCGUGGCUGCGCAGCCGCUGCUGCCGACGGCGGGGGAGAAGGGCUUUUUGCGGCGCAGGACCGCGUCGCCUGCCGUGGCGGGUGUCCUCGCCGCGGCGGAGACAGCCGUGCUUACCAAGCCGCCGCCGCCGCCGCCGGCCCCAGAGGCGCCCGCGGACGGGAAGGGUGGCAAGCAGGGCCGCGCGCCGCAGCCGCUGCUGCUGUUGGUGCGCCUCGAGGUCGCCUCGCCGCCCGACGAGGCGCGGCCAGUGCGGAUGGUGGUGACCGUCUUCGGGCCGCAGGGCCGCGCGGCCAAGGCGGCGGCGGCACAGGCUGCAGCGCAGGCCGCGGCGGCCGGGCGGCGCGGAGAAGCGCGGGUUAGCGUCAAGCUGGUAGUGACGCCUGGCCAGGGCGGCGCCGAGGAUGUGCGUCCCGUCAAACUCGUUAUUGGGGUCCAGACUGCAGGCGGGCCCGCCGGCGGCGGGGCGGACGCCAAGGGCUCCGGCGCGCGCGCGCGCGGCCAGCAAGGCACGCGCGGCGGGUCCGGGGCCGGCGGCGCUAGGGAGCAGCAAGGUCAGGGACACGGGCGCGGUGGUGGGGAGGGGCGGCGGCAGCAGCAGCACGGGCAGCAGGCGCAAGGGUCGCAGAAGGGCGGGCCCGCUCAGGGCCCAGGGCAGCAGCAGGGCCGGCAGCAGCAGCAAGGCCGGCAGCAGCAGGAGCAGCAGGGCCAGGGCCGUGUGCGCCAGCAGCCGCAGCACCAGCAGCAGCAGCCUCAGCAGCCUCAGCAACAGCACCAGCACCAGCACCAGCAGCUGGGGCUCUUGCUCCAGGACCAGCGGACCCUCGGUGGUCAGCAGCACCAGCAGCAGGUGGGGCUGCAGCGGCGCCACCAACAGCAGCAGCAGCAGCAGCAGCAGCCUCAGCAGCACCAGCAGCAGCAAGACGCGCAGCAGCGGCAGCAAGCAAAGGUCGCAACAGCACAGGCCCAAGCUGCGGCGCACGCAGAGGCCGCAGCACAGGCCCAGGCUGCGGCGCAGAUGCAGGCCGCAGUUGUGGCGCAGGUGCGAUCUCAGCAGCAGGCUCAGCAGCAGGCUCAGCAGCAGGCUCAGCAGCAGGCUCAGCAGCAGGCUCAGCAGCAGGCACAGCAGCAGGCACAGCAGCAGGCACAGCAGCAGGCACAGCAGCAGGCACAGCAGCAGCAGCAGCAGCUUGUCUACCAGCAGCAGCAGGCCGUGCUUCAGCAGACGUAUGUGACGCAACAGUAUCAGCAGUAUUCACAAUACGUGCAGGAGCAGCAGCAGCAGCAGCAAUUGCAGCAGUUGCAGCAGCAACUGCAGCAACAGCAGCUGCAGCAGCAGCAGCAGUUGCAGCAGCAGCAAUUGCAGCAGCAACUUGAGCAGCGGCUGCAGCAGCAGCUUCAGCAGCAGCAGCAGCAGCAGCAACUACAGCAGCAGCAGCAGCAGCAGCAGCAGCAGCAAUAUGGCCAGUUAUUUGCGCAGCACCCACAGCAGCACUACACGCAUCACGCUUACAACUACCAGCAGCCGCCCCCCCACGCCAAUGGAGGAAUGUCGCGUGGCGGGGGGCGGGGCAGCGGCGGCAAGGGCCAUGGGCAGGGGUAA